UCGUUGAGUGUUCAUCGACGCGAUCGAGGUGGUCGUAAGAAUGUACGUCACGCGUCGAGUUUCAACGCUGCCCCUCUGCCCCCCACACUACAUCCCACUUUCCUCCACAACCACAGCAAAUACGCCAUGCGCUCCUUCCUUUCGCGCUGAAAUGGAGAGCGCGAACCAUAUCCUCCUAGACUUUACUUGACACUCUGAUCCCACACAGGCUCUGUAACCACAUCCUACAAUGAAGUCGUCGGACCAGAUCCGCCCCAGCAGCCGGCGCGGCGCAUCAGGUGCAUGGAACCGGCUCAAGCCCGUCCGCGAAGACCCCCUCGAGACAUACGGGCUGCCUUCCAAGGGAGAGACGCGACUAAAUGACUACAAAACGCAAGAAAUCUACUUCAACCGCAUAAUCGAGCGAUACAUGAAGCUCUGCGCGCUGAACCGCGAACAACUAGACAACCUCUUCGCCACAGUAAGCAGCACGACAAAGCAGCAAAACAGCAACAACACAACCAACAACCUAUCCACAUCCCUGUCCUCGCUCUCCCUCCACCCCGCACAACCACCACAACAACCAACAACAACACCAACCCCCGCCUCGCCCUCCGCCCAAGAACUAUCCACCGUCCUCACCGCGCUGCGAAAACUCCGCGAAGCAAUCACAGCCUCAACCCGCUUCGACCUCUUCGCGCGCCGCGCCUACAUAUUCUGCAUCCACGCCGCAAUCCUCUGCGCAGACUGGCCCUCCUACCUCCCCGCCCUACACACGCUGCUAACCGAGCACCACGCGCGCAACCCCCUCCCACCCCCGGACCUCAAGGAAUACGUCGGCCUUCUGAUCCUCGACCAAGCGUGCCGCCAGUCCGACGUGCCGCUCGCGCGCGAGACGAAGCUCCGCUUCCGGUACAAGGACCGCCGCGUUGAGGCGGUGCUGGGCGCGCUCGUGCAGGAUAAUUGGGUCGUGUAUUGGAAGAUGAGACGUGCGGUUGAUGGGUAUCAGAGGGCGGUUAUGGGGUUUGCGGAUCAGGGGGUGAGGGUGCAUGCGUUGAAGUGUCUUGGGAAGGGGUAUUUGGGGGCUGAGAGGCGGUUUGUGGAGAGGUGUGCGGAGCGGGGGUGGGAGGAACUGGUGCAGGAUGGUGUGGGGUGGGAGUUGGCGGAGGGGGAUAGGGUGGUGAUUCGGAAGGUGAGGGGGUGACGUGUUGGGUUGUGAGGGUAUGUGGAUGGAUGGAGGGGGUAUCAUUAUCGACUAUGUCCAGCCUACUCGUCCUC